AUGACGACAAGUGUAAAAGUGUCCAGCCCACGGAGACACCGGAACACCUCAGCGGAGCCAAAAUGUCCUCGGGAACACACAAAAGGACCGGCAGGAUGUCUUGUUUCCUACCGCUGUGAAGAAACACACCUCCCAGGCAGCGUCACGAGGGGGAGGGGCCAGUGCGAGGCUCGCUCUGCGCCCACUUCAUUAGCUCGCCGCGUCUCAUCAGGACCUCCACGUUCGCGUACCCCCCCUCCCCUCCUAUGCACCCCGCCCCCGGCUCCUGAGAGAUGCUCUCCCCGCUCUCCUUCAACUUGCCGGCCUGACAAGUCCAGAGGGACCCGCGCAGGACUCUACAGUUCUGGACCGGGACCUCCUACCUCCUCCUCAGGUCCAGGUGUCUCGUGCAGGAGGAUUACUCUUCAUCCUCAUCUUCUUCAUCCCCCCCACACCCCCCGCCCUCCUAUGAUGUUCUCCAUCCAGGACGGCCUCCCCCGGGGGGGUCUGACCAUGAAGGAGGAACCGCUCCCCACCGGCAUGACCCCGGUGCGCUCCUGGAUGCACGGCGCGGGGAUCCUGGACGCCAACACCGCAGCGCAGAGCGGUGUGGGUCUGGCGCGAGCUCACUUCGAGAAGCAGCCGCCGUCCAACUUGAGGAAGUCCAACUUCUUCCACUUUGUCCUGGCGCUGUACGACCGCCAGGGUCAGCCCGUGGAGAUCGAGAGGACGUCCUACGUGGACUUUGUGGAGAAGGACAAGGAGUACAACGGAGAGAAGACCAACAAUGGAAUCCACUACAGGUUACAGCUUCUUUACAGCAACGGCAUCAGGACAGAGCAAGACCUUUUCGUGCGCCUCAUUGACUCCAUGACAAAACAGCCCAUCCUGUACGAGGGACAGGACAAGAACCCCGAAAUGUGUCGCGUCCUACUCACGCACGAGAUCAUGUGCAGUCGCUGUUGUGACAAAAAAAGUUGUGGAAAUCGUAACGAGACGCCCUCGGACCCCGUCAUCAUCGACAGGUUCUUCCUCAAGUUCUUCCUCAAGUGCAAUCAGAACUGUUUGAAAAAUGCGGGCAACCCGCGAGACAUGAGGCGCUUCCAGGUGGUGGUGUCCACCACUGUCAACGUGGACGGUCACGUGCUGGCCGUCUCCGACAACAUGUUUGUCCACAACAACUCCAAACACGGGCGACGCGCUCGACGCCUGGACCCCUCUGAAGCAGCCACGCCGUGCAUCAAAGCCAUCAGCCCGAGCGAGGGCUGGACCACUGGAGGCGCCACCGUCAUCCUCAUCGGCGACAACUUCUUCGACGGCCUGCAGGUGGUGUUCGGAACCAUGCUGGUCUGGAGCGAGCUCAUCACACCGCACGCCAUCCGGGUCCAGACGCCUCCUCGCCACAUUCCCGGCGUGGUGGAGGUCACGCUGUCGUACAAGUCCAAACAGUUCUGCAAGGGAGCGCCGGGUCGCUUUGUCUACACAGCUUUGAACGAGCCCACCAUCGACUACGGCUUCCAGAGGUUACAGAAGGUCAUCCCUCGCCACCCUGGAGACCCCGAGAGGUUACCUAAGGAAGUGCUGUUGAAGCGUGCGGCCGACCUGGUGGAGGCGCUGUACGGGAUGCCUCACAACAACCAGGAGAUGAUCUUGAAGCGAGCGGCGGACCUGACGGAGGCGCUCUACAGCGUGCCACGCUCUCACAACCAGCUGCCCUCCCUGGGAGGCUCCGCCCACUCGGGCAUGAUGGCUGUCAACUCCUUCAGCAGCCAGCUGGCCGUCAACAUCUCCGAGGCCUCGCAGGCCGACCAAGGUUAUUCCCGUAACUCCAGCAGCGUGUCUCCUCGUGGUUACGUGGCCAGCUCCACGCCGCAGCAGGCCAACUACUCCUCCAUCAACGGCUACGGCGCCGCCGCCAUGGGCAACCUGGCCGUGCCCGGCUCGCCCGGCUUCCUCAACGGCUCCGGCGCCAACUCCGCUUAUGCAAGCCCUUACUCAUUCUCUCCUGUCCAUAUGGUCUCCGCAGUCAAACAGAAGAGCGCCUUCGCCCCCGUCGUGCGGCCACAGACCUCGCCGCCCCCCGCCUGCACCUCCUCCUCCAAUGGCGGCAGCCUGCAGGCCAUGGCCGGUCUCAUCGUCCCUCCCAUGUGAGCAGACUCCGCCCCUUCCAACCGGAUGGAUGCGAGUAGUAACACCAAUUUAGGGGGGCUCGGGGUGUUCUUCAUCACGAUGGAAGACGUGGAAAAAUCUCCAACCUUCUCCUCCACACCACCACCGUUUCCAACCGUUUUCAGUCCAAGUCGAGUCUUCCGGCGUCUUCUUCGGCGGCAUCCGGAGGAACAGGAAGUUCCCUCCAUCCCAGCCGGGAAAACUGGAAUCCUUUUCUUCUUCUUCUUCUCCUUCUUCUUCUUCUUCUUCUUCUUCUCGUGCUUCUUUUCUAAGUGUUUAUAAUCCGCAUUCGAUGUUUGCAAACACCUCCUCGUCUUUUAUGAUUGUACAAAAAUCGACUUUUUGUAAAAAAAAAAUUACAAAAAAAAAGUCCUGACAUCAUCUGGUCUCCUGGUCACCACAGCGCCCCCCACUGGACGCCACCUUCCCACUUUUUAACGUUUUUUCUCUUUUUUCUCGACUUUGGCGAGGCGACUUUUGUACGAGGUCACGCCGUGAACACGUCCUGCCAGUGCAAUGCAGCUUCUCCAAGCAAAUAACACAGAUAUAUGAAAUAUAUACGGGAAAUAAACAAGACGGCUGCAGAAAAAGGUGGAUUACAGGAAGUGAGCGUUGAACUUCCUGUUUGUUUUUCAGCGUUUUUUCUUUGUGUGACAAAAAAGAAAAAAGUUUAUGAAAGCACAAAGUUGACCACUUCCUGUGUACAUACGUGUGCAUGUUUGUUUGUUUCCUGUGAUAAUGACGUGCUUUUUGUACAGAAACUUCAAUAAAGAUGACA